UUAAAUUUUUUUUUAUCUAUUUGCAAAAUGAUAAUGCACUUGAAGAAACGAGGCCAUUUUUGAACCAGUAAACUUUCAUGAUGGCCUGCAGAAGAAGAAGAAGGAUUACAAGAACAAAUUGCACCAUUACAUGGUUUACAUUGUUACUCUUGUUAUGCUCUGCGCACCCGUUUUCUUCUGCUAGGGACACACUCACAUAUGACACUCCAAUUACAGAUGGGGUUCGAUCAGAAACUCUUGUUUCAGCUGGAGGAAAAUUUGAACUGGGAUUUUUUACACCUUCAUCAGCGCAAAGCUCUGGCCUUGAUAGAAGAUAUGUUGGCAUUUGGUAUUACGAUAUGAGUCCAUGGACAGUUGUUUGGGUUGCCAACAGAGAAGACCAACCAGUUGCUGUCAGUUCAACGAGUACUGGAGUUUUUGCAAUCAAAGAUGGUAAGCUCCAAGUUUUGGAUAACUCUAGUCGAAAGUCUUAUUGGUCAACAGGCCAUGAAACAUCCACAUCUUUAAAUUUGGCGGUGAGGCUUAUGGAUUCUGGGAAUCUGGUGGUGUUAAGGGAUGGUGAUGAUGAUCCAUUGGCAGUGAAUAAUAUUUUGUGGCAGAGCUUUCAAAAUCCAACUGAUACAUUCAUUCCUGGGAUGGUGAUGGAUCAAAGCUUACAAUUGACUUCAUGGAGAGACCAAUUCAACCCAGGAAUCGGGGACUUCACCUUCAAACUAGAUCAAGAAGGAGACCAGUUUGUUACCUUAAAAAAUUCGAUUCCUUACUGGAAAAGUGGAGUGUCAGGUAAUAAAUUUUCUAGCUCAGCCGGAAUGUUUCCUCCACUCUAUAAUCUAUUAUCAAAUUUCAGCAAGAGUACUGCCAGAUCUAAAAUUCCAAGUAUAUUUAAUAAUUCAACAACCAUGACAAGAUUGGGCUACAAUUAUACAAGAAUGGUGAUGAGUUUUAAUGGGGAGGUACAGUUUCUGACCUGGAUUAAACACACAAAGCAGUGGAAUUUGUUAUGGAAGGAGCCAAAAGAUGGAUGCAGUGUGUUUAAUGCUUGUGGGAACUUUGGCAGCUGUAACAGUAAUAAUUGGCCGUCGGUGUGCAAAUGUUUGCCAGGUUUUAAACCUCAGUUUGCAGAGCAAUGGGAUGCUAGAGACUUUUCAGGUGGAUGUGCAAGGGAGUCGAAAAUAUGUAGCAAUGACACUUUCUUGAGCUUGAAGAUGAUGAAAGUGGGAAAACCAGACGUACAAUUCACUUCUGAAAAUGAAACACAAUGCAGGAAAGCGUGCUCAAAUAGCUGCGGGUGCCUGGCUUUCUCAUAUAUUGCAGGUGUAAACAGAACUAUCAGGGAUACUCCUACUUCCUCGUGCUGGACAUGGACAAGGGAUCUAAAUAAUCUUGAAGAAGAGUAUGGAUUUGAUGGCCACAACCUCUCUACUCGAGUUGACUUGUCUGGUUUAGAAUCAACCGGAAGAGACUGCAAGCCUUGUGGCACAACCAUCAUUCCUUAUCCACUGAGCACUGGACCGGAUUGCGGUGACCCCAUGUACUUCCGUUUCAACUGCAGCACCAUCACAGGCCAGGUUAGCUUCGUGGGACCGAAUGGCACCUUCUUUAGAGUUAUUAGUGUCAACCAAAGCGCACAAAGAUUCGCCAUCCAAACAAAAAGUGUGGAUUAUUGUGAUCUAAACAGAAUCCAAAGUCAGCAGCUGAACCCUCGAUUUCCAUUCAGUGUGACCAGAUGGUGCUAUGUUAACCCGGGAAAUUUUAGUUCUCAACUUUCAUCCGGAGGUACUAAUGCAGUAGAGUUAGGUUGGGAGCUGCCUCUGGAACCAACCUGUACAACAUCUGCAGACUGCAGGGGUUGGCCACAUUCAACUUGCAGUCCAGCAAGAGAUAGAAAGAAAAGAUGCCUUUGCAAUGCCAAUUAUCAAUGGAGUGGCUUUGACUUAAAUUGUACUCAAGAAGGUAAUCUUCAACAAACACCAAAACCGCAAAUAGAAGAACAACCAAGAAGCAAAGUGCCAGUGUCUCUGAUACUGAUAGUUGUGGCAGUUGUUACGAGCGGAAUUUUUCUUGCAAGCAUCAUUUCUGUUUAUAUAUGGAGAAGAAAGAUAACCAAGAGACAAGAUAAAAUAAAUCGAGCACAACUUGAUAGUGAAAGGCGAGUCCAAGAGUUGAUAGACACAGGUGAGUUCAAGGAAGAAGAUGAGAAAGGUAUAGAUUUACCCUUUUUCGAUUUGCAAAGCAUACUAGACGCUACAGACAAUUUCUCAUAUGCAGCGGCGGAUCCAGGAAUUUUUCAUGGAGCAAAUGCCAUAUUUAAUUUCAUUAUUCUAAUUGUUGUCUAA